AUGUCGAAGAUUUCGGCGAGGGUGGCGAUGUCGAAUGGUCUCAAGAAGGCUGGGAUGUCGCGAAGCAAGGCGGCGGGGCCGGCGAGUCGUCGUCAGGAAAAGAGGCGGCAAAGCGCCUCAGAGUCCGCCUCGAGCUCCGGCUCCGCCUCCGGCUCAGAGGAGGACGACGAGGACGAUGAGCAGAACAAGGAAGACGCCCUUCGAGCGCUCGAAGCCCACUUCGCGUCCUCUUUUGGCGCUGUCAAGGCGCCGGCAUCGGCAUCCGCUCGUCCGUCAUCCACAGCAGCCAAAACGAAGCUCGCAACAAAGGGAAAGGAAAAGGCGCGCGAAGCCGGCCUGCUUGACGCUACUUCCACUUCCAGCCCCAGCACGUCCGCAGCCAGUCCGGCCCCCAAGCCAGACGCGAAGCUCCCGCCACGCUCCAAGCCAAAGGCAAAGGCGCGAGAGCCAGAGACGAUCGUCUUUGGUCAGCCGACUGUAUCGUCCUCGUCCUCGUCCUCCAAUCCCAUCUCGCUCUCGCACGACGCGGCGGGCAGCGGCGACGAGAGCCGCAAGGGCUGGCGGUCCUUUAUGUCUGCCAAGGUCGAUAUGCCGCACAAGGAAAAGUCGUCCGAGACGCUGUAUGGCCGCCGUGCACGGGCCGCGGCCAAGGAGGCGCAGCGCAAGGCAAAGGCCGACGCAGGCGAGGGCGAAGGCGAAGGCUCUGGGGAGGCAGCAGGAGGUGGAGAAGAGGGAGAGGAGGAAAAGGCGAUGCAGUCCAACGACCGCGAGCUGUCGAGGCUGCUCUCGACGACGCUCUUUGCGCCUGGAGGCGCGAGCACGGGCGCCGAGGGCUCGCGGCGCAACCUGUCGUCCAACGAGACGCUGGCGCGCCUCAUGGAGCUCUCGUCGUCCUCGGCUGCACGCCGAGGGGCCGCCGUGGGUAGGGGCUGGGGUGAGUCGGCGCACAAGGCGGCCGAGAUGGGCAAGAUGCCAGCGUCGAUGCGCGCGGGGCUGCGGCGCGCACAGAAGGAAAAGCUCGAUAUAGAGGUGGAGCGCGCAAAGGAGCUGGGCAACUACCACUCGAGCGUCAAGAAGCUCGUCGGCAACAACCAGGCCGGCAUGGAUCUCAUCCUCGGCACGCGCGACGACGACCGGAAAAAGAGGACGAGGGAGCGGGGCCUGGGCAUGGGUGUGGGCACGUUCAACAGGGGCACCCUCCGCCUGAGCGAGGAGGAGGUCGAGCGGAUCAACGGAAGCCGCAAGCGGGGCUCGAGCGGUGGCAGCGGCGGCGGCGGCAAAAAGGGAGGAAAGAGCAGCAAGAAGAGAAAGCACUGA